AUGUUGAAGGUAUUGUCGUUGAUGAACGAAAGCAACAAGACCGAAUUGGAGCUUCGCAGGUUUAUGUUUGAGAAGGAGAUGGAGGAGCGUGCCAAGGACCGUGAGGCUCAGCUACAGCAUGUACAAAUGCAGGCGCAACAAGUCCAAAUGUUGCAGUCGACAUUGACUACCCUUCUGACUGCCCUUGUUAACAAAUUGUAA